UAUACAUAUACAUACACACACAGUGAUCAUAUAUAAUCAUCUCCAAAAUCUUAAACCCCUGAACUAAUCGGAAAUCACGGCAAUGUCCGAUUGGCAACAGUACACACAAUCCAUAACCGUCAGUCUCAUUUUCUCUUUUCUUCUCGCAAAACUCUUUUCAAUCUUCUUCACUUUCCACAAUCCAAUUCCACCACCUCCACAGCACAUUGCUAGCCCUAAUUUAAUUUCACAAAAAACAGAGCCAAUUAUAGAAUCAGAUAAUAAUGAUGAUGAUGAUGAUUGGGAAGGUGUAGAAUGUACGGAAUUGGAUGAAGCUUUUAGUGCUGCUACGGCUUUUGUGGCGGCGGUGAAGGUUUAUUCCGGUGAAGUGAAGUUGAGGCUUUAUGGUUUGUAUAAGAUUGCUACUCAAGGUCCUUGUACUGUUCCUCAACCUUGUGCUAUUAAAAUCACCUCCAGAGCUAAAUGGAAUGCAUGGAAUAAAUUGGGUGCUAUGCCUCCAGAAGAAGCGAUGCAGAAAUAUUUGGAGAUUAUUACGGAGCUAUAUCCCACUUGGGCUGAUGGUUCUACUCGUAAGAAAAGAGGCGGAGAUUCUAACGAACCAUCGAGUAAGGAUGCUAGACCAAUGGGGCCUGUUUUCAGCUCUUUUAUACAUGAAGAGGAAUCUGGAAAUGACUUAAAGUUGGAUGCUAUACAUGACUUUGCAAGAGAAGGUGAUAUGCAGAACUUGCUUAAAUGUGUUCAGGCUGGUGUUUCAGUGGAUGCAAAAGAUAGCGAAGGUCGAACACCUCUGCAUUGGGCUGUUGACCGUGGCCAUAUUGAUGUUGCAGAAUUGCUAUUGAGCAGGAAUGCUGAUGUGAACUUGCAGGACAACGAAGGCCAAACACCUCUGCAUUAUGCUGCUGUUUGCGAGAGAGAAGCAAUUGCUGAGUUACUCGUGAAGAGAAAUGCUGGAACAGGUAUAAAAGCUGGUGAUGGGAAGUAUCCUUGUGAGCUAACUGAUUCAAACUAGCCAUGGAUCCAACCUUAGUUAGCCCAAGACUAAACCACUAAUGAUGAUCAUUAGUUCAUGUGUACAGACUAUACAUUUAUCCUAGGGUCUCUUGAACAUAAGAAUCUAUUAACACGAAGAAAUCAACUUUUUUAGGUAAUUCUUGACUUAGUGACUGGUAGUGAGAAAAACAUGAACUUUCCUCAUGUUUCAGUUGGUUUCUUUUUGGGCAAAUUACAUUUACUAAGUUAAUGAUUUAGACUCUAUGAGUCUAUGAUAUGGGUUUAUAAUCA